CUGCCCAUCUCUGAGAAAUCCGGCUCUGUCUCACCAUGGAUGCCACAGCCUGUAAUGAAUCAGCGGAUGGCUCACGCUCACCCGUCUUUUAUCUGGUGGGCAUCCCCUCUCUACCAGAGACCUUCUUCCUCCCUGUGUUUUUUAUUUUCCCCCUCUUCUACCUCCUUAUUCUGUUGGGUAAUGCCCUGAUCCUGGUGGCUGUGAUGGCAGAGCCAAGCCUCCACAAGCCCAUGUACUUCUUUCUGAUCAAUCUCUCCACCGUGGACAUCCUUUUCACCACCACUACUGUCCCUAAGAUGCUCUCCCUAUUCUUGCUUGGGGACCGCUUCCUCAGCUUUUCUUCCUGCUUGCUGCAAAUGUACCUCUUCCAAAGUUUUACAUGUUCAGAAGCCUUCAUCCUGGUGGUCAUGGCCUAUGACCGCUAUGUGGCUAUCUGCCACCCAUUGCACUACCCUGUCCUCAUGACCCCACAGACCAAUGCUGCCUUGGCAGCCAGUGCCUGGCUCACUGCCCUCCUUCUGCCCAUCCCAGCAGUAGUAAGGACCUCCCAGAUGGCAUAUAACAGCAUUGCCUACAUCUACCACUGUUUCUGUGAUCAGCUGGCUGUGGUCCAGGCCUCCUGCUCUGACACCACCCCCCAGACACUCAUGGGGUUCUGCAUCGCCAUGAUGGUGUCCCUCCUACCCCUUCUCCUUGUGCUUUUCUCCUAUGCCCACAUCCUGGCCUCGGUGCUUCAUAUCAACUCCAGAGAAGGACGGGCAAAAGCCUUCUCCACCUGCAGCUCCCACCUCCUGGUGGUGGGCACCUACUACUCAUCCAUUGCCAUAGCCUACAUGGCCUACAGGGCUGACCUGCCCCUCGACUUCCACAUCAUGGGCAAUGUGGCAUAUGCCAUUCUCACACCAAUUCUCAACCCCCUUAUUUACACUCUGAGAAACAGGGAUGUAAAUGCAGUCAUCACCAAAAUCAUGUCUUAAGACCCAGGCUGUGACAGGAGCAUUUGACCUUUAAAUGCAGCUAAUUCUGUUCCCAGGACACUAAAUAACAGUGCUUAGCACAGAGUAAGGACUCAGUACACAUUGUUGAAUAAAUAAAUUAAUGAAUAUAGAAUGGUAAAAGAAAAUCCAGUUGGGCAGACAGCUUCAACAGUGGUUCUCAUACUUUGUUCCAGGACUUUCUCCCUGCACCAAUGAUAUAAUGUUAAUUUUUAUAGGAAUCUGAAGUUGUUGUAUAAAAUUUGACUACUUAGUAAUUCAAGAAACCUUUACUAAAAUAAAAUAUCUUCAUGACAGAAACAUUCUUCCAAGCAAAGUCAAAAAACAAAUAAAAGACAUAUCACAGGGAAAGGCAAAUAUUCAUAUUAUACAAAGAGCUCUUAAGAAUGUAGAAAACUAAAAUAAGCAUUUCAGUAAAAACUUGGGCAAAAUAUAUGUGUAGACAGAUCACCAAGAAACUGUAGUGGCCUUUAAAUAAUGAGUCUUUACUAUAUAAAGAGAAUACAAAUUUAAAUUGUGCUGAAAUGCUAUUUUUCAUUUAAUCAGAUUAGCAAAAAUCCAAUAUUUUGGCAAGAUGUAUGUAGAAAAACAGAACUUUUAUAACUUGCUUGUGAAGAUGUAAAUUGGUAUAACACUACCACAAUAUGUACCAAAAGUACAUAUGCAUUACCCUUU